AUGGGGAAGCCAACUAACUUGAGUGUGACUAGUACUACUACUUCUUCGCCAACUGGGCGGUGUUCGGGCGAUUUCUGCGUCGCUGACAGGAAGGUGUUCCCCAGCCUUCUUCCAUCUGGCCAGAUAACUACCGAGUCCUUCAGUUUCACUGACUAUGGUGUAUGGUAUCUAGCUGGCUACUCUAGUGAUGAUGGUAUCCGUAUGCUUUGGAGACUCGAAUGCAACCAAUGGUUACCUGUUGCUGAGAAGGCUCUCUCUAAUAUCGAGGCUUCAGGCAACGAUAUGUUCGUGUUCGGCAUCAGCGAGGGUGACGUUGUUGUUUUCGAUCCGGAGAGUUACAAUGCUUAUCGUACAAUAGCUCUGGCGGAUCCUUCUAAGGAAUACACGGGAGUCACCUUUGAUCAAGACUCGAAUAUUCUAUAUGUAACUGAGAAGGCUACUGGGCGGAUUGCUCGGUUCAUAG